AUGCUGCGUGAUCCGACAGUGCAGCGCAUGCGAUUCUUCCAAAAAAUGGCCAUGGCUAUUAUAAUUGGCGCUUGUUUUGCUGGCACUACAUCGCUCUCGCAACUGGGUGUGCAAGCGGUACAGGGUGCACUAUUUGUAAUGAUUUCCGAGAACACCUAUCACCCCAUGUAUUCGGUAUUGAAUGUAUUCCCGCAAGGGUUCCCGCUAUUCUUGCGCGAAACGCGCUCUGGCAUGUAUUCGACGGCACAGUAUUAUGUGGCCAAUAUACUGGCGAUGUUGCCUGGCAUGAUCAUUGAACCAUUACUUUUCGUUAUAAUCUGUUAUUGGAUAACUGGCUUGCGGCCGACAUUUUUUGCAUUCAGCAUAACGGCUAUCUCUAUCGUUUUGGUUAUGAAUGUGGCUACUGCCUGCGGUUGCUUCUUUUCCACAGCAUUCAAUUCUGUGCCAUUGGCUAUGGCAUAUUUGGUACCUGUUGAUUACAUUUUCAUGAUUACAUCUGGAAUUUUCAUUAAAAUUAGCACUUUGCCUAUGGCCUUUUACUGGACACAAUUCCUGUCGUGGAUGUUAUAUGCGAAUGAAGCAAUGACGAUUGCCCAGUGGUCUGGUGUUCAAAAUAUAACCUGCUUCGAGGAGAGUGAGGACUUGCCCUGUUUUCACACUGGACAGGAUGUGCUGGACAAAUACAGUUUUAAUGAAUCGAAUCUGUACAGAAAUUUGCUUGCGAUUUUGGCUAUUUACUUUUCCUUUCACAUCCUGGGCUAUUACUGUUUGUGGCGGCGCGCUAAAAAGAUUUAAUAUAGCGCCUGGAUGUUGAUGUAGGUUCAUCGGAUAAACAAUUAUAUGAAAAAGUACUCGCUUGUGAAUUUAACCUUUAUCUUAUUAGUAAUUCUGUAAUAUUUUUUACAUUCGCACACUUUUUUUUUUGAGAACUGCCACUUAUUUAAAUGAGAUUUAUUAGCAUUCAAGCUGUACUUUAUUUUAUAGCUACAGCUCUUCUUACAAUUAUAUUUAGAUAUACGUAUUUGUAUUUAAAUAAUACGCGCCAGAUAAUACGUAUUGGCAAAACACUGGCUAAAAAUAUAA